AGCAAACUUGUUGCCUCUUUGAUACCGAAAAAUUAAACCCCAAAACUAAUGAUAGCAAGCAAAUGUUUCGCCUAGCUCUAGUUUUGCAACGCACUAAGCCAAAUUUUCAUUUUUCCACCAUCGCAGCUUUCCACAGCCAUUUCUCAACCUUAGAAGAAAAUCUUUGCUCCAAGUUCUUAACUUCAUGCACCCAAGCCUCAAACUUACUUCAUGGAAGAGCAGUCCAUGCAAAAUUCAUCAAAGGCUCAAUCCCACGUUCCCUUUAUCUCCAUAACCAUAUCCUCAACAUGUACUUGAAAUGUGGAGACCUCAUCAACGGCCACAAGCUGUUCGAUGAAAUGCCUCAACGCAAUGUCGUUUCAUGGUCAGCCAUUGUUUCUGGCUUUACACAACAUGGGUUUUUCAACGAAGCUCUCUUUUUGUUUAUUUACAUGUUAAGGGAUGGAACUUCAAAGCCUAAUGAGUUCACUUUUGUUAGUGUUCUUCAAGCUUGUUCUUUGCACGAAAGUUUAACUUUAGCUUACCAAGUUUACGCUAUCGUUUUACGUUUGGGGUUUGGGUCAAACGUGUUUUUAGUCAAUGCUUUUCUGACAGCUUUGAUGAGACAUGGGAGAAAAGAGGAAGCUUUGGAGGUUUUCAAGAAGUGUUUAAAUAAAGAUAUUGUGACUUGGAAUGUUAUGUUAAGUGGUUACUUGGAAAGUUCUUGUUUGGAUUUGCCUGAAUUGUGGGUUCAAAUGAAUAAUGAAGGAAUAAAACCUGAUUGCUUUACUUUUGCAAGUGUUUUAACAGGGUUGGCUUCUGUUGGCGAUUUAAACAUGGGUUUACAAGUGCAUGGCCAAAUUGUUAAGUCUGGUCAUGGUGAUGAAAUUUGUGUGGGGAACACUUUGGUUGAUAUGUAUAUAAAGAAUCAAAGACUUUUUGAUGGGUUGAAAGCUUUCAAUGAAAUGGGUGAAAAAGAUGUUUGUUCUUGGACACAAAUGGCUGCUGGGUGGUUAGAGUAUGGGGAACCUGCGAAGGCAUUGGAAGCUAUUGGAGAAAUGAGGAUGAUGGGCGUAAAACCCAAUAAGUUUACUCUUGCUACUGCUUUCAAUGCUUGUGCUAAUUUGGCUUUUCUGGAAGAAGGGAAGAAAGCUCAUGGAUUGAGAAUUAAACUUGGAGUUGAGAUUGAUGUUUGUGUGGAUAAUGCAUUGAUUGAUAUGUAUGCAAAAUGUGGUUCCAUGGAUGGUGCAUGGGGUGUUUUUAAGGUAAUGGAUGAUCGUUCUGUUGUUUCGUGGACGACAAUGGUAAUGGGGUGUGCACAAAAUGGUCAAGCUAGAGAAGCUCUUAAGAUUUUUGAUGAGAUGAUUGUAAAGGGUGUAAAACCAAAUUAUAUUACCUUUGUUUGUGUGCUUUAUGCAUGUAGCCAAGGAAUGUUCAUUGAUGACGCAUGGAAAUAUUUCUGUUCCAUGACCAUUGACCAUGGUAUCUCCCCUGGUGAAGAUCAUUAUGUUUAUAUGGUUCACCUACUUGGUCGAGCUGGACAUAUUAAAGAAGCCGAAGAAUUGAUCUUGUCAAUGCCAUUUCAGCCAGGUGCAACGGUUUGGCAAACUUUGCUUAGUGCUUGUCAAGUUCAUGGGGAUAUUGAAACUGGGAAGCGAGCAGCUGAGCAUGCAAUAAAUCUAGACAGAAAGGAUCCUUCAAGUUAUGUGCUGUUAUCAAACAUGUUUGCUGGAUUCAACAAUUGGGAUGAUGUGGGAAAGUUGAGAGAAUUAAUGGGGAAUAGGGAUGUAAAGAAAGUACCUGGAUCCAGUUGGAUCAAAAUAGAAAAUUUAUGCUCAGUACCUCCAGUACCGAAGUAUUUACUUUCUUGAAGUCUGAUUGUUUGAGUUUUUAUAGAGGAGCUCACCAAAAUUUAACUGACAUAAGAUAGCACUUCAGUUAAGAAACUCCAGAAAGACAUUCAGCCAGUAAAUGGCUUGGGAAUGAUAUAACUUCUAACCGUGUCUAAACUUUUUCUAAAAUGGAUCCUGGACAGCUAGGUUGAUGUGAACCGCGUUACAGGCUUAGUUGCAAAAGAUGCAACUAAUAGGGCUGCUGCCACUUGCUCUAAAUGUUUUAGAAAGCAAAAAUCAGGGUGUGUUUUCAAGUUUUACAGACUGAAGUUGUGAAUGCAGGUAACAGGUAGCUCAGCAAUAGAAAAUCAAUCUGCAGUUUCUAAAGAAAUCAUUAGAUUUCUGAUGGAGCUUAAUAGAAACAGCAAACAGUCCAAUAGACUGAUGUAACAAACAAAGUUCUUUUGCUGGUGCAAAAGGAAAAAAUUUUGUAGACGAACAAAAACUUGUAUUGUGUUUAUUUGGUGAAGCAAUCUUUUCAUAAACAUGCUGAAAUUCAUGUCAAUUUCAUGUUGUAGCAGGUAUUCAUUUCAACUGAACUUGGAAAUGAUAUUAACAUUAUUAAAGCAUUCUUGUUUUUCACGCA